GAAUUAAUCCCGCACACAAUCAGGGUUUAUUCCUAUCAUGUCUCGGCUUCCACACGUCCUGUCUAUAAUGAGUCUCCCGAGGAUCGUGCGCCGCAUAUCUCUGUAUGUCCGCUAACACUUGACCCGUAUACCGGGCACCCACCCCAUAUCCGCCGGCAAGAUCGGCUCCCUAAGCCUGCCUGUUUGGGCUGAACCUUGAACUUCACUCUCAGCAUCGCCCUGACUGCCUUGCGUUUAUGUUACUAGCUGAACCCUGCCGUAACAAAAAUGACCCCGAGAAUCCCUCCCGUGUAUCUGCCCACGGCACGGCGGAGCUGAGCUGACGGGAGAGAUGACGAUGGUGGCGCUGUGGAAGGCCAUGAGGAAGCGGCACCUGAUCCUAGUCCUGGUCAGCGCGACGGCUCUCGCGACAGCGAUUUAUAUCUACCUGAAUGUCAACAUCAGCAAGAUGGUGGCCUGGAGUCUCCUCAUCAGAGCCGAUCGUUACUUCCUGGUCUCCACCAAUCAGCAACAGCUACCGGAGUUACGUCACCUGACGGCGCCAUGGCGGCGAUGGAACGGUCUCAUUGACUAUGACCUUGUCACUAGUGCUUCACAGACUAAGUUGAUAUUUCCCAAUUUCAAAGGCAUAUAUGCAAAAGGAGACAUAUUGAGAAUGAAAAUAGUGGCGCUGGAUAGAAGAGGUCGGCGUAAGCGUUACGGAGGCGACUUCUUCCGGGCUAAGUUGGUCUCCAAAGACUCUGUGAACGCCAGCACUGCCGGCAAGAUCACCGACCAUGGUGAUGGCACCUACACCGUACUGUUCGCACUGGCCUGGGCGGGAGUAGUGCAGGUCCACACCCAACUAGUCCACCCUAGCGAGGCGAUAGAAGUGAUCAAGCAAAUCAGAGAUACCGUACCAAACAGGAGAGUAUUCUUCUGCCAUUUUCACGACCAAAGUCACCCAGGGGAAUGGACACCGUGCACGGGGCAGAGGAACACAAGUCUCCCGAGAAAAAUGAUCUGCGACUUUUCCAAGAAGUCAGUAAACGCCACGUGGUAUUGUGAACGGCCCAAACACCACUCCUGUGAUACUAUACACGUCUGCAAGUUCGACUACAACAGGACCAAACGAUUAGUGGAAUCUCUGGUAACUAGAGACGAAAAGAAACUAUUUUCCAGGUUACUUCUGAAGAGAGACAUGAGACGAAGUACACCUAUCCGGGUUGUGGACAGAGGAAUACAACAAGAGGUUCUGCCGCGGUGUGGUCCACAUCUUGCACAGGCGGAGUCAGAAGGGUACUGGUACAACGGUCUCUGGUACUCCACGUCCUGCCGGGCCAGGCACUUCCACCGCACGGCAGACGUUCUGCAGUGUCUCAGAAACAAGACCAUCUUCAUGCAAGGGGACUCGACCAUGCGACAAUGGUACUUCCGACUGGUGGACCGAAUCGCCGCUCAGUCAGAAGAGAUCACCGAGUCGCAAGAGUUCGUCGGUCCUUUCGCCUCCACCGACAACGCCAGCAACGUCCGCCUGCACUUCCGUUUUCACGGAGAGCCCAUACAGAAGAAGGUCAACAUCAGUUUUGAAAAUAUCCACUUUGUUGCUGAUGAGCUUGAUAAGUUGACCGGUGGUCCUGAUGUGGUCGUGAUUCUCGGACUGUGGGCACAUUUUGUAGCUGAACCUCUGGUAGCCUUCCGUUCUCGUCUCUAUGCUAUCAGUCACGCCAUCAAGCGGUUAGUUCACCGCGCUCCCUCCACAAAAGUCAUCAUCAGGACUAGUAACACCCGAAGACACGAUAAACUGUUCAUAAGCGUACAAGCCAGCGAUUGGUUGGCUCAGGAACUGAAUGUGGUGAUACGGGACAUAUUUGGGGAACAUGAUUCAGUCGCCAUAUUGGAUGUGUGGGAGAUGACGUUGUGUCAAGAGUACCCGGAUGAUGCCCACCCAAACGUUCACGUAGUCGACAGUGAACUAAGCCUGUUGUUAUCUUACAUCUGUCCAGUAUGAUGUAGUAUGUGUCUAUCGGAAACAUUUUUUGGCUCUUAUGUAUACCUCUUUUUAUCUUGUGCCAAACGACGACAUAUCAUUGAAUUCAAUAGUGAAGAUAAUGUUUGUGACAUGUAAAACAUGGACCUGGAUCAGAUUAGAUGAUGUGGAGAGAAUUCCGAUAUCUGCUUAAUAUGUGGCCACAAGUUGCAAUAGAGGAAAGUUGAGCUGUAAGAGGAUAAAGAAAUUUGAGGCCAACCUUAAUGUGUAUUCAUAGUUACUGCAGGUUUUACUUUCUUCUUGUCUCUCCUUUAUGUGUUCUAUAUACUUCAUUCCUACAAGAUUUCCUUCAGUCCUUCUUUCUCUUCCCUUCUUCACCCUUUCCUUUCUUUCUCCAAAACAACCAUUCCGAUCUUCUGGUGAUUUGAUUCACAACAUGCGCGGGACUAGUAUGUAGGCCAAUCAAGAAACUGCUUUCAAGUUGUCUUUUUUGUGCCAUUCUUGCAAUAUGCACUUUCCCGUCAGCACGUCUUACAUGUAACGUUGCAAUAAACAGUGGUGAUGAACUGU